AUGGACGAGGGGCCACCACCCUUUAAUGUGGUGGCCGAAACACAGGACGAGCCCCGGUUCAUUCAUGUCGUUGAAGAAGACAGCGAUGACAGCGACCGGGACAUGUCGUUGCCGGACCCGGAUUUUGAUAGCAUUUCGCAUCCCCCGUCGGUGGCCGAGGUGCCGCGCAACUUUGUCGAAGAGCCGACCUCCGUGCCCGAGUACACCACCGAGUGGUCGGACGGCUCGGUGACGCAGCUGAAAAGCGUUGUGCACGAGGAGCAGCAGCAGAUGGUGAUCAAGGUGGCCAAGCAGCUCCCCAACGGCCAUAUCGAUACAAUGUCCGGCAUCAGCGAGACGGUCCGCGAGUACGAGCAGCACGACGCGAGCACGUUCAAGCCAAACGACGAAAACCUGUCGCUCGCCUCGAAGUCGGCGUCGCUGGAAGCCGUUGUUGAGCAGGAGCAGGGCGAGCUGAACGGCUCGCUGACACCGGAUGAGCCGGCGAAGUCCGACUCUACUUUGCCGGCUGCUGCUCCAGAAGAGGAUGACGAUGAGUUUGGGGACUUCACGGUGGCGAGCACGUCGUCGUUAGAUGAUCAGCAGACGCUGCGCGCUCAGGAGGACUCGACCCAGGGCUCCGGAGACGCGAACUGGGGCUUUUCGGCAAAGGAAGACGGCUUGAAUUCGACGCAGGGCUCGGAGACGCCCGCCCAGGGCUGGGAUGCCUUUGCGGCCGCCCCUUCCGGUUCUGGCGAUGCCGACGAUGAUGACGACGAGUGGGGUGACUUUGCGGCCGCGGCUACGGUAGUGGAAAGUAAGCCGGCCACGCGCGCCUCGAUCAACGACGCCGACGACUGGGACGAAGCGGACUUUGUGGCCGCUCCGCCGCCGCCGAAAAUUCCGGAGAUCUCACUCCCGCUGAUCGGCGACAAGCUGGCGAUCUCGACGGAUUUUGAUGGGUUGCUGGUUGAUGAGGAGUACCCCGACGACCGCCCAGAAGAUGCUCAUGUUUUUGCGAUUCGCGAGACGCUCGACGCUGGCGAGGAGCCAUCGAUGCUCGUGUCGGAGAUUGUAUCCCGAUGCUCAGAGAUUUGGCUGGCGCUGCGCAUCGUCGAGGAGGCCGUCUCCCUGCGCUACCAGUUCCCAGACUCGGCCCUGGAAGCCUUGUUUCAUGAAGCCCUGGGAGUCGAUAAGCACGCUAUCCGCACGACGACGACGACGCAGGCGCUGUCCGACGCCGUCCUCGUGCCGACGCCGAUUGGAGAGAAUAGUGGUCGCGGUGGCCGCCCGGUGACGCUGUCGACAAGCGGAAGCGGCACAUCGAUUACCACCAAGCAAAACGGCGCCGGGGGAUCGAUUACGCCAGCUAAUCAUGAUCAGUCCCCGCCCCCGUUCAAGAUGGCCGACUCGCUCGCCGUCCCGCCGGCCGACUUCAACUGGGCCGAUGCCGGACUUGUUAACCCCCUGAAAUCUGGCGGCUCCUCCCCAGGCUCCACCCUGCUUGACGUCGAUUUCUUUGAUCCGAAGGGCCCGCAGACGGUCACGUCGAGUGCUGCUUUCUUGGAGAGGGAUCUUGAGCAGCUCGGCCUGUCCACCACCACCUCGUCGAAGCAGCUGCCGGGAUCUAUGCAGAACAGCGCGGACCUGGUUUCCUCCCUUCUACAACAAUCCGCAUCCGGUGGCCAUCAGCAACGCCAGACCGUUCACCUGAAGCCGUCGGAGCUGUCGUUGGACGCGCUGGCCCUCCAUGACCGCCUCCCCAGCCUGUCCUUCCUCCUCGACAACGACCCCCUCCGCAUGCCGACGCAACAGACAGCAAAGCCAAAAAAGGCGAUUGUCAUUGAUGGGUUCCCAAAAGGCAAUCCCGUUUCGCUCGAUGCCGCCAAGUACGCCUGGCACUACGAGACACUUCGGGCUGAUGAGGAUGGAAAAUGCGAUCCUGACAACAUCCCGCUGGUCAUCUUCUCGAUGGACGGCCUGGCCAAGGAUUAUUUCGACCGGGGAAUCCUGCGCAAUUUUGACUUUAUCGCCGAGCGAGGGGUGAAGGCGGAGGGCGUCUUCCCGUCGUUUCAGUCCAAGACGUUUCCGAACCAUAUGAGCAUCGCCACCGGGCUCUACCCCGGCUUUCACGGGAUCGUCGAUGCCUGGAUGUACGACCCGAGGAUCAAGGCGCGGCCUAUCGACAUCCGAAAACCGAGCCCCACCGAGCGUCAAUUCUACGAUAGCGGAGAGCCGUUUUGGACGACGUUCCACCGGCAGACCGGGAAGAAGGUCGCCUGUUUCCAGUUCCCUGGCUGUCCGCAUUACCCAGAAUCACCAUUCAUCACCGAACCCUACCAGCCGAACCGGCAGAUGAGCGAGGUGUUCGGCUGGGUGCUGGAGCAACUCGCGAAACCAUCCGCCGAUCGCCCUAGCCUGAUCCUCGGCUACAUGGACGAGCCGGACGCGACGAGACACGGAUUCAAGGGCGAUUCGAACGAGGUGAGAACCGUCUUGGAGCGGCUCGACACGGAAAUGGCGAAAUUCCUAAACGAGCUCUACCAGACGGGUCGUUUGGGCUGCACGAAUUUUGCCUUCCUGUCCGAUCACGGCUUUAUGGACGUCAGGCGAAACGUCGACCUGAGCGGAUACGACUUCGGCGGCGAGCAGACCCUGCCGGGGGUGGUUACCCGGAUUCACCGGGGUGAAAAUGGUCCACUUCCCUCCGCCUACUUCGAGAAGGCCAAAUGCGAAAGGCCGCGAGACGGCUUCAAAAUCUACGACAAGAAGCUGCUUCCGCCGAGGCUCCACUUCUCGGAUCACCCGCGCGUCGGCGAUAUCUUCCUGCUCUCCGAGCCGGGCGUCGAGUUCAAAGUCCUCGAGCCGGGAAAAGACGUGCUGGGCAGCAACCACGGAUGGGACUACUUGGCGCCGGAGAUGACGACCGUCUUCUACGCGAUGGGGCCGGCGUUCAAGCGCGGAGCCCUGCUCGCUCCCUUCCAGAACGUCGAAUACUACAAUUUGUUUAGUGAAAUCCUCGGCGUCGAGCCGGUGCGCAACAACGGCACGCUGGGCAAGCUGUGGCCGGCCUUGAAAAUGCCGAAAAACGAUCGAGAGGACCCGUUCUACGAUGGGUCCAAGGACAUGGAUGAUUGCAAGCACAACGCCAUGAUGUGGAAGACACCUUACCGGGCGCCUAUGCUGAUGCCGUUCAAGACGAUGGCGGGCACCCAUGCGUAUUGCCUGCGAUCAGAAAAGCAAGGGAUCGUGAUCGCCACGAUGGUGCCUCACCGGGAAGGCCGUCUCUACAUCGAAUCGCAUCAUGGCCCAUGGCCGGGCUCGCCUGGCCGUUUCGCCCAAUUCGAGAGGUUAGAACAAGGCAACCCCCCGGCCGCUACGCCGCAAUUCUGGUCCAAGAUUUGGGAGCCGCUGCAAAAGCUGGUCUGGGAAUGGCAGGAGAAGCAGCUCGGGAUCGUCGUGUAUUCUGGCUACACUCACUUCCGAUCGCGCUGGUACGCCUACCGUAUCAUCGUGAGGUGCGAAAACAACUUUCUCCAAGAAUAUUACUGCCAAGAACCGGCUGCGACCCGCACUCUCUCCUUCCUCGUGCCAAUGGACUUCGAGGACCCCAACUGUCUGCCAACCGAUCGCCUCCUCCUCUCCUACACGGCCCGCAUCCGUGACAUCGAGCUGUACAGCGGUUUCCACCUCAUGCCCUAUCUACCCUACCACAUCGCCGUCAACCUGAAGACGAACAUCACGAUGGAGCUGUGG